UCGCCAGACAGAGGCUAAUGACGCUUGUGUGUAGGGUUGGUUUGUGGAGGCUCGUGCUGCAACUGUAUGAAAAUGGCGGAUACACUGACAGACGGACUAGCACAGCAAAAGGAGGCGGCCAGUGAUGAGGAGAGAGGGAAAUAUCUUCGGAAUAGGACUGCAAGGUCGGGGAAUAGCAGCAGCACUCCAGACAUGACCGAAACGUUGGGGUUUUGCGGAAGAAAUGCUGUCAAAAAGGAGAGAGAGAAUCACUCAGAUCUUUCACUGGUGCGGUUCAUACGGAAGGAGCUGACGCGGGGGUACUUCCUGGAACACAACGAGGCGAAGUACAAGGAGCGCAGGGAGAGGGUGUACACCUGCAUGAAGAUCCCCCUUGAGCUGGAGAAGCUGAUGAUUUUCGGGUUCUUCCUGUGCCUGGACGCCUUCCUGUACAUCUUCACCCUGCUGCCCCUCCGGGUCCUGCUGGCCCUCACCAGGCUCCUCACCCUGCCCUGCUGGGGGCUGCGUGGGUCUCGGCUCCUGCAGCCUGCCCAGGUGUGCGACAUCCUGAAGGGCUUCAUCCUGGUCCUCUGCUACUUCAUGAUGCACUACGUGGACUACUCCAUGAUGUACCACCUGAUCCGGGGUCAGUCCGUCAUCAAACUCUACCUCAUCUACAACAUGCUGGAGGUGGCGGAUCGUCUGUUCUCGUCCUUCGGGCAGGACAUACUGGACGCUCUGUACUGGACCGCCACGGAGCCCAAGCAGAGGAAGCGGUCCCGCAUCAGGGUCAUCCCUCACUUCCUGAUGGCCGUGCUCUACGUGUUCCUCCAUGCCAUUCUAAUUAUGGUCCAGGCCACAACGCUCAACGUGGCCUUCAACUCCCACAACAAGUCGCUGCUCACCAUCAUGAUGUCCAACAACUUUGUGGAGAUUAAAGGAAGUGUUUUCAAGAAGUUUGGGAAAAACAAUCUGUUUCAGAUGUCAAAUAGUGAUAUCAAGGAAAGAUUUACCAACUACGUGCUUCUGGUCAUAGUGUGUCUGCGGAACAUGGAGCAGUUCUCCUGGAACCCAGAUCACCUCUGGGUCCUGUUUCCCGACGUCUGCAUGGUGGUGGCCUCGGAGAUCGCCGUCGACAUCGUCAAGCACGCCUUCAUCACCAAGUUCAACGACAUCGCGGCCGAGGUGUACAGCGAAUACAGAGCGAGCCUGGCCUUCGACCUCGUCAGCAGUCGGCAAAAGAACGCAUACACGGACUACAGCGAUUCGGUGUCCAGGAGAAUGGGCUUUAUUCCGCUGCCUCUGGCUGUUCUCCUAAUCCGGGUGGUGACGAGCUCUGUGACAAUCCAGGGAUCCCUUUCUUAUGUGUGCUUACUGCUCUUCUACCUGGGGAUGAUAACCCUGAAAGUGCUGAACAGCAUCAUUCUGCUGGGGACGUCCUGUCUGUACGUGAAGGAGGCUGGCAUGGAGGAGAAGCUGUUUGAGAGACCCCCCACCGCGCCCCCCAGCAGGGCAGGCAGCAGGGCGAAGAGCACACCCGUUGCCCCCUCAGCUAUCCCAGCCUCCCCUGCUAAAGAUGAGAGCCCCACCCCCUCCGGCACCAGCCAACCGGCCGGCAGCGCUGAGGACCCCGCCCCCCAGCACCCAGUCGGCGACCCCGACGAGCUCCGGACGACCCCCGGCGAGACGGAGGAGGAGCCCGGGACGCAGGAGGGCGCGGAGCUCAAGCACAGGCCCCCGAAAAAGGACCUGCUGGAGAUAGACCGCUUCACCAUAUGCGGGAACCGCAUCGACUGACGUUCGCGGCGUCACCGCCCGCCCCCCCCACCCCCCCGUUUUUCGGGACGGUUCUGGGUUUGGUCGUGGCACGCCGAGGACGGGCCGCCAGGGGCCCGUCGGCCAAAGACGGCGGCGCUGGGAUAUUUAUUGAGACCCGGGUAAUUUAUUGUUCACUGGAAGCGUGACCGGUAGCUUUUCCACUGGGCGGACCCGUUCGGCCGGGCCUCCUGCGAGCGAUGGCGGGAAGAGUCGCGGUAACCAGGGUACGCCGCAGGACUCCUCGAACAGGAAGGAGCGAGCCGUCAGACGGCGUGGGCUCAAGAGCCCGGACUCAACAGGGUUUCUGACGAAAAAAAGCGGCCUUUGGUCCAAAUAUGUGCCUAGAGCGGUUUUUUGUUUUGCUUUAAAUAAAUAAAAAAAACCGUCAGUUGUAUAAAUAUAACAAGAUACCAACAGGAUAUGCAUUUUAUUUAAUAACCUUUCCCCAUCAGCCUACUACCACUAAAUCCAAUUUAAUUGACAGUGUGUUCACCUGCUAAGAGUUCACUCAAUAAUUCCAGCAAUAGUACUGACCGCCAAAUUGGUCUCAAUUGUAAUAAGUUAUCCGGUGGUGCUUCUUCACAGUCAAAGUGUGGGACUCCUUCACAGCUGGGUAAUCAGGCUUUACUGUCAUGUUACAUUUGGACAAAGUCUGAAUACAACUUCCACUGGUACCGGAUGCCUUAGUUCUGUGCUGGCGAUUUAAACAAUCUUUGUGUUUUGACUUCUACAGAUGAGACUAAUAUUUAAAUUAAAAUUUUAAGUUAUAUAUUUGAAGUGUAGUAAUAUAUUAAUAAAAUCUUGCCUUGGGCAAGCGUGUUUCUGAAGAAUGACUCCACGCCGUGGGUAGCAGUGAUAGAAUAUGGGCUGUGGCGUACUUUGAGUUCCAGUCUGUGCAGCUAUGGAAGGCUUGCAGCCGUCGCUGUAAAUUCUACCUUACCGCUGUCAUCACUGUAACAGGCGUUUGACCCUUUCUUAUAGCACGGACCAGGGGCUGCUCAGCUCCAGGCCCUGCAGGCCGCAGUGCCUGCAGGUAUUUGCUCCAACCAUGCGCUACACCACCAGAUUUCACUCCUGAACCACGGAGGUAAAGUAAUUGGUGAAAUCAGGGGGUGUAGUGCUCGGUUGGGCUGCAGAACCUGGAGUUGAGUCGCACUGGUAUUCACAGAUUCCUUUAGCUUCCUGUUUUCUUUAGACUCAAUGUGUAAAAGACUCCGUCCGAUGUUGCAGCAUAAAAUUCCUCAGAUUUGUAAUAAAUUUGUAUUAAAUAUUUUUUAUACAAUAAAAUUCAGUACCGGCUCUCAUGAAAUUGCUACUGAACAGCUUUUCACUUCUAAUGUUCAUCGGCUUCACAGUUUCUCAACUUUAUGGCACCAUGGCUUUGCUUCACGGAGCUUCAGUUCUAGUUUAUGGUGCUUCAGAUUUGCGGAGCUUCUGUUUUAUGAUGCUUCAGUAUUAGUUUAUGGUGCUUAAGAUUUACAGUGCUUCUGCUUCAGUACUAGUUCAUAGUGCUUCACAUUUACCGUGCUUCUGCUUCACGGUGCCCGAGUACUAGUUUAUGGUGCUUCGUUUUUACAAUGCUUCUGCUUUAGGGUGCUUCUGCAAAAGCUCCAACUGUACACCAUGGUCCUGGAGACCCUAAUAUUCCUUCCUUCUGUUUCUUCCAUUUGAGCAAACAGACCUAGCACCUGUAAUAAAGAAGGCUGAGCCUAGAUCAGCAUUGGGGACUAAAGAUCAUCAAAAGCAACUAGAACUAUAACUUUGCACACCAGCUUGGCUUCAGUCCUGCUGUGGAAAAUAUAUCUUGCAUUUUUUUUUUUUUUUAAACUUGCAGGACUGUAGCACCCCGGGUGUAGGGUUGGCUACCCCCACACGGUAACAGUGGUGUUUAUAUGUGUGGUGUUACUAUACGGUCGUUUAUGUUCUCCAUCUAGUGAAACCAGUUCGGAAGUAACGUAUGUAUAGGAAACAUUCUGUAAUGAUUCUUAUAUGGACAUUGCUUAGCAACCAGCCACGAAACAAAGAAUGACAAUGUCCAUUUCUGGCGUGUCCUUGUUUAGCCUUGAUGUUAUCGCACUGAUGUACCUCACUGCCUUAAUCUACACCAUCUCCAGCUCUCUAAUGCUGCAAACAACACUCAGCUCACCGAGCUCUGAAUGAUCCACUAGUCAGUGUGGAGAUUUUAGCACAUUUUUGAAUGCAACAGUUUUAAACUCAGGCUUUAUCUUUUUGUGUUCAAAGAGUGUAAGAUGAUUCAGAUAUUAUGAAUAAUGUGUUUCAGUCUGUUUAGAGGUUGGACUUUUUGAUUGUUGUUUACUAUAGAUAAAUGCCUCUCUUUACUGCCUGGUUUUAUGAACACAAGAGGCCUUGCUAUAUCUGGUCACUGAGGGUGCCAUCAGCAUUUUAAAAUAUGGAAUGUGGAAAUGUCCAUCUAUAAACCUACCUGGGAAAUGGCAAUUCUGAUAUAGGAAGAAAAUGUGGAUUUAUAAUUCAAGAAUUGGUAUUUUUCUAAAUAAAUAUGAGCUUGACCAUAAUUAUGUUUAGAAACAUGAAGCCUACUAGUAGGUAUAAAGUAAACAUAAAAAUUAAAGAAUUAUUUUUACUAUUGCUGCUGUGAACAUUGUCAGGUAAGAUUAAUACAAAAGGACCCUUCUCAAACGCUACAGAAUGCAAAGUUGUGAGCAUAUCACAGUGAAUGGAUUUUUGUUCCUGAAGUAGACUGACUUAUGAAUGGUUGAAUGCACAAGUGGAUGCUGUAAAUUAUGUACCAGCACAGGUCAAAAUUCACCUGUAGAAGUAUUUGUCUUUAUUCCACAUUUUAGGAACAAUAAUUACAUAUCUGUUUAAGAAAUGUAAAGCAUGGAAACCAUUGGAAAUUUAGCAUUGUAAUGCUUUAUUAUGCUGUACAAGUGCUUGCAGAGAUUCCUCAUCAUUCUCAACCAUCCUACAAUGUUUUCUUUUUAUUUUUUAUGGUAGCCUUUACAGUGGACUCAAUAAUUUAUGCAUAUGUUAAACCAGCUUUGUAAGCAGUGCAUAUCACAGAGGCUGAUGAAUAAAUAUUUUUUGUUA